GAGUUUCCCAAUCUGCCAAUCACUCUAAUCUGCUUCGACCAGGGCGCGCCGCAUGCAACAAGCGAGGCUUGCAGAACCCCGCACUCAUCGCGACACACGGCGAUAACAGCCACUCGACGCACGCCUGACUGACCACGGGCGGGCCUAUAAGAAGACAGGCCGCACCUCGGAGCCAGUAUCAGGCCGCCAUGAAGCUGCUCGUGUUGCUGGCGGUGGUAGCGGCGGUGCAGGCCAAGGCUGUUAACAACUUGGCUGACCUUGAAUUCGUCAACAAGUAUGUCACUCCAAUCUCCUCGAUAAGCUCUUAUCAAGACGCCAGCCCGCGCAUCGUGGCCGGCUCACCCGUAGCUCAGGGGCAGAUCCCGUGGCAGGCGCUCCUCGUCAUGGACUCGGCGGGGCUGUGCAGCGGGGUGCUGGUGUCCAGCGAGUGGGUGCUGUCCGCGGCGCACUGCCUCAAGAGCUACACGUCCUUCGAGAUCGUGCUGGGCGGCACCAGCCGGGCCUCGACCCAGGACAACACGGUGACGGAGUACGCGCGCCAGGUGUUCAUCCACGCCAACUACGACGCCAAGACCAUCGCCAACGACAUCGGCCUGCUGCGGCUCGCCUCGCUCGUCACCUACAACGCCUUCAUCAGCGCCGCGAGGCUGCCGUCUCUCUCGCAGAUCUCCGCCUCCUUCGAGGGGUCCUCCGCCCUCGUCAGCGGCUACGGCCGGACCUCCAGCUCCAGCCAAGCUGCGUCCAACGAGCUGCUCCAGACUGACGUCACAGUCAUCAGGAAUGACGUCUGCGCCGAGACGUUCGGCUCCUUGAUCGAGACCUCCAACAUCUGCACCGUCGGCGCGAGCGGCAAGAGUCCUUGCGAGCACGGAGACAGCGGCGGCCCGCUCGUGUUCGCCGAGGAGGACCGCAAGUACACGCUCAUCGGCCUCGUGUCCUUCGGCGUGCAGAACUGCCCCGCCAACACCCCCGCCGCCUACGUGCGCGUCACCAGCUACCUGCCCUGGAUCUCCCAGAACACGGGCAUCGUGCUGCGGCCCUAGGCCCGGCCACCUCCCUUCCUUGCUGCGGUCCUAGCCUCUAGACACAUUCCUUCCUUGCUGCGGUCCUAGGACUGACCACCUCUAGACACCUUCCUUCCUUCCUUGCUGCGGCCCUAGCCUCUAGACACCUUCCUUCCUUGCUGCGGUCCUAGGACUGACCACCUAUAGACCCAUUCCUUCCUUCCUUGCUGCGGCCCUAGCCUCUAGACACCUUCCUUCCUUGCUGCGGCCCUAGCCUCUAGACACAUUCCUUCCUUGCUGCGGUCCUAGGACUGACCACCUCUAGACACCUUCCUUCCUUGCUGCGGCCCUAGCCUCUAGACACAUUCCUUCCUUGCUGCGGUCCUAGGACUGACCACCUCUAGACCCAUUCCUUCCUUGCUGCGGCCCUAGGACUGACCACCUCCCUUCCUUGCUGCGGCCCUAGCCUCUAGACACCUUCCUUCCUUGCUGCGGUCCUAGGACUGACCACCUCUAGACCCAUUCCUUCCUUGCUGCGGCCAUAGGACUGACCACCUCCCUUCCUUGCUGCGGCCCUAGCCUCUAGACACCUUCCUUCCUUGCUGCGGUCCUAGGACUGACCACCUCUAGACCCAUUCCUUCCUUGCUGCAGCCUUAGGACUGACCACCUCUAGACACAUUCCUUCAUUUCUGCAGUCCUAGGACUGACCACUCCUAGACACAUUGCUUCCUUGCUGCGGUCCUGUUGAUUUCAUUGGGGCUGCAAGUAGCCGCAUCGGGUACAACUAUAUGUAUAUCUUGUAUAUUUACCAAUAAAAGCAUACCAAUCCAUGAA